AAACAUGUCAUAAUAAAUAGGAAACAACACAUAAACCAAGAAAUAUCAAAACUAUACAAACUGUAUGGACCGGUGGUGACCGUAUGGGUCGGUCCCAUACCUAUCAUAUUUAUCGGUGAUCCGGAUAUCGUAAAAGAAGCUUUUAGUAAACAAGAAUGCUCGGGAAAAAUUCAAUGUUUGCUUGGAUCAAUUUUCAACGAUGACAACCAUAGAGAUGUGGGAUUUAAUAGUCACUUAGAAAGUGCAUUUCAGUUGAGAAAAAUGUCCAUGUCUACUAUUCGG